AUGUCGCAUCUCCAUCCGGUCUUCCAUGUCUCCCUCCUCGAGCCAUAUCAACUUCUCACUGAUGUUCUUCAUCGCACUCCUGUGCAUCCCACACACAUCGAGCUCCAGUCUGAUCUUUCGCAGAUCGAGACCUUCAUCGACUGUCGAAAGGUUGGGCGCCAGUAUAACUAUUUCAUACAUUGGAAGGACCAGCCAGUUUCUGAACGGUCUUGGAUUGCUCUCUCUGACAUCCCUUCCUCACUCAAUGAGCAGCUCAAAUGUUUCCUUUGCCGGCAUCCAAAGCUGCCUCGUCUGCAUCGCAUCGUUCUCGAUUGA